UUUGUGUUAAAUUCCGUACUAUUCUAUCCGUCUAUUCAAGACGGUGGUAGAUUUGUCUCCGUCGCCGUUAAAAAAAAUAUCUGCUUUGCGUUUCUUUCCUCUCGAAACCGUUUUGGAGAAACACAAAACAACAAACUUCACUGCGUCAUCCGGUAAUGAAGUUUGGUUUCAGUCUUCAAUCUCGAUCUGUUUUGUAGGAGGAGCUAAAUUAAGAAUAAAAGAAAAAUGUCGAGGCCGAUAAUGAUCGUCUUUCUUCUGGUUAUACUCAUAGUCACCUCUCAGUUUGAGUGGAGGCAACCGCUUCUUGAGCUUGAUGCUGCUUCUAGCCUGUCUCAGAAACACCAGCAAAUUGCAAAGAGGGAAGAAGCUGUCAAAGAGAAGAUCAUCUUGUCACAAGAGAGACAUAUUCAGAGGCUAAAUGACCUUGUACGAAGUCUUCAAAUGCAGUUACUGCGAUGCAGAGGAGAGAACGAGACACAAAACGCCACUGAAACCUCCCAUCUCAACAAGGAGUUUAUUGAGCUCGAGAGGAAACCCAUUGUGGAAGACUAGUUUGGACCCAAAUGGUACGUAAAAGCUGUGGGGAAGCAAUCUUAAAAUUUCCAAGCUCCAACUGUUGUAUUUUAUUUCUUUUGCGCUGAUGAUUUGAUUAGUAGGAUUGUCUUAAUUAAGGUUGAAAUAUUCGAGUGUGUAAUGAAAUUUGAGGGUUAGGGUACUUGUAAUAAUCCUUUUAUAUGGUUUGAUGCUAUUAUUAGCAAAGCAUAUACACACAUGACUAUUGACAUAAUCUUAUACAUGUGUGCCUUUGUAGAGUCAAA